AUGUCCUCAAACGAUGUCAAAUGCACUUGUCGUCCAUUUCCUACUCAGAUCUAUAUCCGUGUUGACGCUCAAGGCGGUGAGGUCUCCAUCAAGCCAAUUCGCAGCGGAUCGGCGAGGCCACCUCUCCGCAGUCUUCAGCUCGGCCAAAACAAACUUGACCAGCCAGGCUGGUACUCGACUUACCGAUCUACUGACUGGAUCGGCCUAAUUCCAGCGCGUCCUUUUGUCCAACCUCGCCCUACCAUCCGCGCCUACAAACUACCCAUCAUGCUAUCAUCACUUUCGUCCAGCCUCACAAAUGCGCGGCAAUCAAUUGCUCAAGCGCUGAACUUUGCCCUGGUUCUUUCGACGGCUUUCAUGCUAUGGAAGGGCCUCUCCGUCGCUUCGGCGUCCAGCUCGCCGAUCGUGGUGGUUCUAUCCGGGUCGAUGGAGCCGGCCUUCCAGCGUGGUGACCUACUCUUCCUCUGGAACCGGAGUCCACGGGCAGAAAUCGGCGAGAUUGUCGUUUACAACGUUCGCGGAAAAGACAUCCCGAUCGUGCACCGAGUGGUGCGGACCUACCCCGAGGUCGAGGGCAAGGCGAAGAAGGUUAAGGAGAUUACAGUUACCUCGACACCGAACUCGCACAUGCUCCUGACCAAAGGAGACAACAACGUUGCCGAUGACACGGAGCUAUAUGCUCGAGGCCAGGAUUAUCUCAACCGCGAGGAGGACAUCGUGGGCAGCGUCCGAGGGUAUAUUCCUAUGGUAGGAUAUGUUACUAUCAUGCUCAGCGAGCAUCCUUGGCUCAAGACAGUUCUUCUCGGUAUCAUGGGAUUGAUGGUCAUGCUCCAAAGGGAGUAA